UUAAUUAAAGAUACAGCGCCAACGGCGAAAUACGGAAUACACUUCCUACGAUUCUCGAACGUAAUCGAUAUUUCGCACGAUCGAUUUUAAAGCAGGAAUAAUGGCGGAAGGAAGCACGCCUCGUCUGUAAAGAAGAAAGUGUUAUUCAGAAAAGUCAGUCAGAAAGAAAUAUCAUUUAUAAGUUCUCAGUAAGAUGCAGAAGGUCUUGAAGCUCGAAAUUCAAAACAACAACACGAGCACAAUGUUUAUGUUCGUCUUAAUAAUCGUGCCUGUUCAAGAUCACCCCAUCCCUCACUACUUUCUCAAUUGCAGGACGAGACGUGUCGCGAAGAGUCAUUCGGCUGUCGAAUUUCGUGACAACACGUUGCGUCGCAUUAGAUCAUUUUUGAUUCCGAGAGAUAAGAUAGAACACAUAGACGCCACGAUUAUUAAUGGACAAUUUGAUAUACUUUCACGGAAAUUUGACGCUUCACAUUUUUUUGCAUUUUUGGGGGAAAAUCCAAAGGUGGCUCUAAAGCCAAGAAUAUUUUCUACAGCCUCCACUUCCCCUAAUUCUCCAAGGAUCUUAUGUUUAAAAAUGUAA